UUCUCCUUCCCUCCCUCCCUCUUCCCUCCCUCUUCCCUCCGUCCCUCCCUCUUUCUCUGGCUCGCUCUCUUUCCCGGCCGUCUCCUCCCUCCUUCCCUUCCCCCAGAGGCACCGCUGGAGAAGAGGGCGGGCGCCCGAGUGUGUUUUCUUUUCCCUGGGUUGUUGUCCUCUCCUCCUCCUCCUCGGCCCACAGAGAGAGAGAGACACACACACACAGAAAGAGGGAGAAGGAAUCCGCCUGGGUCUGCUCAACGGAGGAGCCCGACUUUCGCCGCGGGCGCAGCCAUGAGCGGCGGGGAGGUGGUCUGCUCGGGGUGGCUCCGCAAGUCGCCGCCGGAGAAGAAGUUAAAGCGCUACGCAUGGAAAAGGAGAUGGUUUGUGCUUCGCAGCGGUCGACUGACAGGGGAUCCAGAUGUCCUGGAAUACUACAAAAAUGACCAUGCCAAGAAACCAAUUCGUAUCAUUGACUUGAAUUUGUGUCAACAAGUGGAUGCUGGAUUGACAUUUAACAAAAAAGAAUUUGAAAACAGUUAUAUUUUUGACAUUAACACCAUAGAUAGAGUCUUUUACCUAGUGGCUGACAGUGAAGAGGAAAUGAAUAAGUGGGUUCGAUGUAUUUGUGACAUCUGUGGGUUCAAUCCUACUGAAGAAGAUGCUGUGAAGCCACCUGGCAGUUCUGUGCCAGCCGCAACUGAAUUACCCUUAACUGUCAACACCUCCCUGCCAUCCGCACAACCUGAACCAUCCCUACCACCUCCGUAUCAGCUCAUUAACAUCCCACCCAUCGAAUCUGCCUCAAGUCAAGAAGAUCCACAAGACUACUUGCUACUGGUUAACUGUCAGAGCAAGAAGCCAGGACCACCAAGGUCACAGGCUGAUGCAGCAAAAGCGGCUUCUUCUGAAACAGACUGCAAUGAUAAUGUGCCUUCUCAUAAAACAUCUGUGCAAUCAUUGAAUAAGCAUACAGUGAAUGGAUUUUUUCAACAACCAACAAGUGUGUAUGACUCUCCCCCACCAAGGGCUACCUCAGUGUCAGUAGAUGGUAGCCUUUAUAACCUCCCAAGGAGUUAUUCGCAGGAUGUUUUACCCAAGGCAUCUCCUUCAGCAACUGAUGCAGAUGGAGAGCAACAUGUUUUCAGUGCCCCGUCUGCUCCCUCUUCUCUUGAUGCUCAAAUGAGGCAUUUCUCCAUUAGUUAUGACAUUCCACCCACACCUGGAAAUACCUACCAGAUCCCACGGACUUUUCCAGAAGGAUCGUUGGCUCAGAGUUCAAAGCUUGAGACCAUUCCAGAUGUUCCUCCACCUCGGCCACCGAAACCUCAUUAUUCUUCAGACCGCUCGCCUGUGGAAGCAUCUAGUAUCUCCCGUACUUCCUCAGACACUGAUAGCAGCUACUGCGUCCCUACGGGGAGCAUGCCCCCUUCACGCAGCAACACUAUUUCCACCAUGGAUUUCAAUAUAUUCCGUAGAGAUAUUGGAUCUCAAGAUUGCUAUUUUGUUCCACGAACGUUUGCCAAUGACAGAUCGAGUUCACUGGAAGGCUUCCAAAACCACUUUAAAAACAAAAGCCUGUUAACUGUGGGAAGUGUUUCAAGUGAAGAACUCGAUGAAAAUUACGUCCCCAUGAACCCAAAUUCUCCUCCACGGCAGCAUUCGAGCAGUUUCACUGAACCUAUUCAAGAAAUGAUGAACUAUGUGCCAAUGACUCCAGGCACUUUUGACUUUUCACUGUUUGGAAUGCAAGUCCCUCCACCAGCACACAUGGGCUUUCGGUCCAGUCCGAAGACUCCUCCUAGAAGGCCAGUCCCUGUUGCAGAAUGUGAACCACCGCCCGUGGAUAGGAACCUCAAGCCUGACAGGAAAGGUCAGAGCCCUAAAAUUUUAAGACCUAAACCCCAUGGUUUAGAGCGAACAGAUUCACAAACCAUAGGUGAAUUUACUGCAAGAAGAAAGGUAAAACCAGCACCACUGGAAAUAAAACCUCUCCCUGAAUGGGAAGAAUUGCCAGCUCCAGUUAGAUCUCCCAUCACCAGAAGUUUUACGCGAGAUUCCUCCAGGUUUCCAUUAUCACCUCGGCCAGAUUCCGUUCACAGCACGACGUCUAGUAGUGACUCGCAUGACAGUGAAGAAAAUUAUGUAGCCAUGAAUCCAAAUCAGUCCAGUGAUGAUCCAACUUUAUUUGGAAGUAAUAGUCUUGAUGGAGGAAGCAGCCCUAUGAUAAAACCAAAAGGUGACAAGCAAGUGGAAUAUUUAGAUUUGGAUUUGGACUCCGGAAAAUCUACCCCUCCUCGCAAGAAGAAGAGCAGUGGUUCUGGAAGCAGUGUGGCUGACGAAAGAGUUGAUUACGUUGUGGUCGACCAACAAAAAACCUUAGCACUGAAGAGUACGCGGGAAGCUUGGACUGAUGGCAGGCAAUCUACAGAAUCUGAAACUCCAAUAAAAAGUGUAAAAUGAAAGAGCUCAUCCCCUUAUCAUCCUGUUGAAAUGUUUAUAGAAAGUGCUGCAGUUAUACCAUUAUUUGACAGAAAAGGACUGGAUUAUAGUUUUUCCCAAGCAUACAAAAAUCAAGAUGUCAGCAGCAUGAGAUAAAAUAGUAACCUGUAUGAUUGGGUGAACUGUAUGAUGUAAUAUGUGUAAAAUAGUAUUGGUUAGGACCCAAAAAACAGUAUGGCCUGAAGUAAAUACAUUUGUAGUAUUACAAUGUUUUAUGCACUUUUUUCCUGUUGAAAUGUUGGAUCAGCUUUCCCCAUCUAAUGUAUUUUAACACUUUUCUCCCCUUUGACACUACUCAAUAACAUUCUAGGAAGUAAGCUACUUGUAUGAUAUUAAAGUUAAGGUUUGAAGUGCAUUUUAAUAGUUCAGUACUAAUUAGCAAGAGAUAGUUUCACAGUUUUAAUCUACUUGAAAUGUCAAAAAUGAUUUGUUAAAUACCUAUGUUUUAUAUUUAAUACAUGCAAAGAAUAUCUGGAAGUCUACAGGUUACCUUCCUAACACAAAUGGCUGUGAGUUAGUGAUAAUAGUCUUUAUGGGUUUUAGGAUUUAUCCUUUUGUCUUUUGUAUGCAAUAGCACACUAAUAGGGACGCUCCUAGUGCAUUUUCACUGAAGACAGUGUUCAUUGUUCAGUGAGUGAGGAUUCUGCAGGGAGGGAUCUUUGCACUGAAGAAUGAAACACGACACAAUCCUGCACGCUGACAAUGGUGUGUAGCAUGAGUGAUCUCAACACUUUAAUGGCAAGCCACAACUUUUACAUUAUUUACAGAAGGUAGAAACUUUAACAUCAGGUACGUACUCUAGCACUGUGAUGCUAACACAAUUAUCAGGUUUGAACAAUACAUUUUUAGUUUUUGUACUGCUACCAAGCCUUAGAAUUGGUUUUUAAUAUGAGAAUAAAUGAAACAGUUUGACAUUGACUGUUUGUAGUACUAGAAGAUACUGUGAUAUUUUUCUGUUUUAAUUAGAUUGCAAUUCAGGUGGAAAUAUUAUGUCGUGAUACCGUCGUGCUCUUUUAAUGAUCCUUAUUAUGCCUAGUUUUCCGCUUGGCCUUAUAUUUAAAUUCCUAUGCAAUUGGUAUCUUUCAACAUCUUGGGUUGUGUUUUUAGAGAGAUGCUAUAACAAAAUGAUCCCAUUUUUAAACAACAACAAGAAAUCCUCUCCCUAGGUACAGCAUUCAUAUUGAGUACUUUGGUUUCUUGAUUCACUAUCCCUUCACCACAUGACAAUAUCUCCAAGAGACUUAAUUUUCAGAAAGUGGGAGGGGAAACAUAGUUGUCUUUAAAGUACCUCUUAAUAAAUUCAUUAGUCAUGUCAUGAUGGAAUGAUCUACUAAUUUACCUUAUACAGUUGCAUUCAAGUAAUUUCUUCAUACUUUCUAAAUAUUGAAUGAAUUUAGAGAUAAUGGCCUUAAUCACUGUGCCUAAUUGACCAUUUCCCUGCCUCCACCCAAUUGAACAAUAUGUAAAUCUUCUUUAUUCCUAACAAGGUUUCUUUUUAAAUUAGAAGUAUUUUGAUGUUUUGAGUGUUUUUUUUUAAAAAAAAACUAAACAUGUUGCAUUUUGAGAUGAAUUUUAAAUAAAUUCAAAUUGUUCUGUU